AUGGUCAAGCAUCAUCUCAUGAUCGGCACUUGGACGCCGCCGGGUGUGAUAAUCACGGUCGCGUUUGACGAUGAGACACUUAAGCUGGAGCUGGUGAAGAAGACGGAGAUUCCAGAGGAUGAGCCCAUAAGCUGGAUGGCUUUCGACCACAAGAGGAAGAACAUCUACGGUGCUUCGAUGAAGAAAUGGAGUUCGCAUGAAGUCAAGAGCCCGAGCGAGAUUGUACAUACUGGAAGCUUUCCCAUGGGCGGACACCCCAGAGCAAAUGAUGCUGACACGAAGACACGUGCCAUCUUUCUCCUUCCCGCCCAGAAGCCCCCAUACGCUGUAUACUGCAACCCGUUCUACGACUUCGCUGGCUACGGCAACAUCUUCUCCGUCAACCCUUCAGGACACAUCAAAGAGAACAUCCAGAAUUUCGAGUACUGCGAGAAGACUGCGAUCCAUGGCAUGGUCUUCGAUCCCUCCGAGACCUACCUCUACAGCGCGGACAUGUGGGCGAACCGAGUAUGGUGUCACAAGAAGAUAGACGACGAGGGUAGACUGGAAACAGUAGGCUUCACUGAGGCUCCGGCGCCGAAAGACCAUCCAAGAUGGGUAGAGAUGCAUCCAUCUGGAAACUACCUCUAUGCCUUGAUGGAGGCAGGAAAUCGGUUGUGCGAGUAUGUGAUUGACCCGCAGACGAAGUUGCCCGUCUACACACACAAGACGUACCCGUUGAUCCCGCCUGGUAUCCCCAAUGCAAACACUAUGUACCGCUCGGACGUUUGUUUCCUCACCAAAUCCUCAAACUACCUGUUCGCGACUUCCCGAUCCAACUCCUUCUCUCUCACUGGUUACAUUGCCGCCUUCAAGAUCGCUCCAUCAGGCGCCAUUGAGCGACAAAUCUGCCUUAACCCUACACCGACCUCUGGUGGCCACUCGAACGCUGUAUCACCAUGUCCGUGGUCGGAUGAGUGGUUAGCGCUUACAGACGAUGAGAAGGGUGGGGUGGAGAUAUAUAGAUGGCACGACGAAUUUUUGGCACGCGUCGCGAGAUUAGAGAUUGGCGAGAAGGGCUUUGGCAUGAAUGCGAUUUGGUACGACUAA